AUGCCGCACGUGUCCCGAUCUCGGGUCUUCGCGUGGGCGCCGUGGGACUGGGCGCCAGCGGCCGCGGCGGAUCGGGUCUUCGCAUGGGCGGCGUGGGCGCCGUGGGGCUGGGCGCCAGCGGCCGCGGCGGAUCGGGUGGGCGGCGUGGGCACCGUGGGGCUGGGCGCCAGCGGCCGGGUCGGAUCGGGUCUUCGCGUGGGCGGCGUGGGGCUGGGCGCCAGCGGCCGCGGCGUGGGCGGUGUGGGGCUGGGCGCCAGCGGCUGCGUCUCCGCCGCUGCCGCGGGGGAGUCCGCGCUGCGCGCCGUCGCCGUCUCCCACAUGCCCUGCGGCCACUGCCGCCAGUUCCUCCAGGAGAUCCGCACCGCGGCGGGCAUCCAGCCAUGCCGAGCAAAAUUCGGUGGACAUCGGCCUCAGCGACGGCAGCUACGCGAGGGGUGCCGUGCCGAGCGGCGCAUCCACUGGUCACGUACUGCUGUUGCUCCACUCCAACGAUUGAAAAUCUUGCUUCAGGUCACGUGCUGCUGUUGCUCGACUCGAACGAUUGAGAAUCUUGCUUCAGAUCCAUCUUCACUCUUCGAGUCACUUAGCAUAGGCAUGAAUGCUGCAAGAAGAACAACAACCUUGUUUGCUAGGAACCCUGCGGUGCCAACAAAGAGCUCCGUCGGUGUGAGUUCAAAGCUGUCACCUCCAGCACAAUACUUCAGUGCAACUGCGCCUGCAACCAGUACUAGUGAUAGUAUCAACCAUGGCCUCCUUACACCACUGAAACCUGUUACCGAGGGCUGUGCACUGCCAGCUUCUGAAGGUGAAGUGAUCACAGGCAAACCAUCAACUGAUCUUUGGAGCAGCAACAGAUAGAGGAACCCACCAAUGCCACCUAUCAGGAACGAAUAGGCGGCGCUAUCAUUGGAAGCCAAGGUGAAGGCGGAGAAGCCAGUGAUCACUAUAGAUGCAUCAUAGAGCAGCAGAGAUUGUUUGAGGUCAGCAUACUCUCUCAACCCAUCCUCUCUUAGUUCCUUAACGCUUGAAGCUUUGCUUUCUGAGGAUAACAACCCUUCUUGAAGAUUGGAAAGGCCGACUCCUGAGAGGUCAGUGACAGCCACAGGCCUUGCUUCAGCUACUGAAGCUCCAUCAUCUCCAAGAAGCUCAUUUAUUUUCUCAAAAGUGUACUGCAAACCAUUGAACUUCUGUUCAGGAGUUCCAUUAAUUUCUUUAGGUGGAUCAACCGGUCCAUGUAUUA